GCUGAGGAGCGGCCCCGGCGCUGUGCCCGGCCCGGGCAGGAGGCCAAGGAGCCGCUGCUGCUGCCCCGAACCGCCGGGAGCUCGGCGUGACCGGGACCUGAGGGCGCUGGGAGCUGGGGAUUUUUUAUUCCCAAGGCUUGGUCUAAUGGAGGAUGAGGAAAAACCCCGGAGAUCCUGCACAAGGAGUGGCUACAAACCCAGCCCAGGGAGCUGCGAGGAGGAAAGAGCCCCCCUGAGCCAGGAAGAUGGCCAGAGAUCCAGCCCGAGCUCAGAGCUGGUGGAGAAGCCUCAUGGCAGGAAGAAGCCCCACAAGUGCUUGGAAUGUGGGAAGGUUUUCAGCCAGAGCUCCGACCUGAUCCAGCACCAAAGGAUCCACACUGGGGAGCGGCCCUACCAGUGUGGGGAGUGUGGGAAGAGCUUCAGACAGAGCUCUGGCCUAAUUCAGCACCAGGUGAUCCACACUGGGGUACGACCCUACAAAUGUGGGGAUUGUUGGAAGAGCUUCAGAGACAGCUCUGACCUGAUCCGGCACCAGAUGAUCCACACUGGCGAAAAGCCCUAUGAAUGUGGGGAAUGUGGGAAGAGCUUCAACCAGAGAUCCCACCUGAUCCAGCACCAGAGGAUCCACACUGGGGAACGGCCCUACACCUGCUUGGAAUGUGGGAAGAGCUAUGGGUGGAGCUCAGACCUGAGAAAACACCAGCGCAGCCACACCGGGGAGAAGCCCUACGAGUGUCCUGAGUGUGGGAAGAGGUUCCAGAUCAGCUCCACUCUCCUCAGACAUGAGCGGAUUCACACAGACGAGAGGCCGUUCCGCUGCCCCGACUGCGGGAAGGGCUUCAACCGCAAAUUCGCCCUCGUCUCCCACCAGCGCAUCCACUCCAGGGAGAGGCCCUAAGAGUGUGGGGAGUGUGGGAAGAGCUUCUCCCUGAGCUCAUCCUUGACCAAACACCAACGGAGGCGUCACUGAGGGAAGCCCUGUGGGUGCCCUGAGUGCUGGAAGAGCUUUGUGCACUGCUCCAGCUCCAUCCCCCAUGGGAGGAUCCACGUUUGAUGAUCCCCAGUGACCUCUGUUAGGCAGUGCCCUGGUGAUCUGUGUUGGGAUGACACCUGGCUGGGGAUGCUCCACAUCUUCCUGGCUCCCUCUGGGCACUUGGACGAAUGCAGAGAGCAGAACAUCCAUCAGGAGGUAGACCAACAAUGGGAAUUCCAUGGGGAGAGCAGAUGUCUUGACUUUCAACGCCAGAACAUCUUUUGUAUUCACUCCUAUCUUCUGGUGUCAUCAAGGAGUUCUGGAUGGUCUUGGAGGUCUUUUCUAACUUCAGGGAUUCCAUGAUUUUAAUUUCCUGUUGCCUAAGGGAGUCUUCUACAGGCAGAUGAUGAAAAAGUGAAGAAAAGACCAAAAUUUUGGAGACAGUAGGGUAGAAACUCCACCAAAAAAGGUUCUUCUCUCCCACCCAAGCAGGUGGAACCUCAGCUGGCACUGUCAUGAUCUGUCCCAGCGGACAGGUAACGCGAUGAUUUUUAGGUGCAAAAUUAACCAACAAGGCACAGGGGAUUUGCAGUAACAAAUCGACAAAAUGCAGUUUUAUUGAAAUAAACACAACUGAAAUGCGUUGGUAAGCGGAACUGGGGAAAAAAGGGAGAAGAUAAGGGAAGAGGGAGGAAAAGAGGGAAGACAGGUAUAGCUGCCGAGACAUGAUACCUCUUUUGUCCUUCAGGGUCCGGCCAUCAAAGCUCACUGGGUCACGUCCGGGAGAUCUCGAAAAGCAUGGCUAACCAGGGCUCCAAUUAUACGAUUUUUCAUUGCGGGGAAGGGGAGCCGAAACAAAGGUCUCCCGGGAGGGGGAAAGAACAGAAAAGGGGGUGCACAGAGUCCUAGCCAAGCAACAGGCAAAAACCAUUGUUUUCCUGGCCCAAUGCUCGCAGGUGCGUUUACUCUGGGCAGCUUUUCCCCCCUUCGUGCACACCUCCCCCGAGUUGGGGGGGUUCAGUCUCAGUGUCUGGAAGAAGGUGCGAGGGGGAUUUUCUUGCACGGGGAUUUCCUGUCUUGGUUCUUUGAUGAAGAGGCUUGCAUUUCUGCUUGUCUGUCACAAUGGCUGAGGGCGGAUGAGAGGGGUCUUCUGUGGGAGACCACCCAGAGCUCAAGCGAGGCAGGCCAGGAGGUAGGGAGAGUCCAUUGUUCAGAAGGGGCAGAAUGCACCCUUCGUGUUCAGCUUGGGGUGUUAUGCAAAUAACACCUGUGGAAACAAACUGACAAUCGCAUGACUUCCCCUCCCCACUGGCUCAACAGUUUUAACUUUUUGGUGGUCUUUUCUUCAUGACAGUUGUGAGGCAUAAAUGAAGGAUAUUUCGGACAGACUCUCACAGGCACGGACAUGGAAAUAUUUUUAUUUUAGGUUGAUUUUCUUUUAAUAUCUCUUUAUCCCUUUAAAAUAUCC